GCGCAUAUCCUUGGUAAUAGCAAGGACAUUAGAGCAUGCAAGAAAGUGUCAGCAGAGGCUAAGGUUGAAGUGCGUACAGCGGCAUCAGCCAAGUCUAGUGAGCAGGAAGCUAAGCGGAUCGCCUCGAAGCGCACGAUGGACGCGUUUAGCAAGGAGACAACCGGGAUCGUUGCUAGUUCUAGUACACCAAGCAAGCGCCCGGCAAAUCAGAAAACGUUGCUCGAAUCGGAGCACGCCGCUUUCAAGUCUAUGUUGAGGAAAGUGGAGGCAGGUGGUCCUGGAUUUCCAACACCUACUCGAAAGCUGAUCAUGGGCCGGCUCUUGCAAGAUUGCAAGGAUACCACGGACGACGCGUUGAAACCGAUCAAGGACUCAUGGAGCGACAUUGGUGUGAGCAUUGCUACUGACGGAUGGACAGAUAUCUCUAGCCGCCCACAGAUGAACUUCCUAGCAGUGAACACGAAGGGAGCUGUCUUAUUGUUCGGCGUUGAUUGCGGUACAAAGAAGAAGGGCGGCGAGUACAUUGCCGAACACCUCAAGAGAGCCAUCGGCAUGGUUGGAGCAGAGAAUGUGGUGGGGCUGCUAAUGGAUGGCGCAAGCAACAACAUUAGCGCAGCCAACAUCGUGAAGGCGGAAUUUCCAAAGGUGGAAUACAUCCGUUGCGCGGCUCACAGCCUCAACAAUCUGAUGAAAGACAUUGGGGGGCGCAAAUGGGCUGCCAAAAUCAUUGGCAAGGCGCAAGACCUGAUUUCGGUUUUGAAGAAGGCACAUUGGAUCACCGGCUACUUCCGUGAGAAAAAAUCUCUCAUGCUGCUUAAGCCCGCUGGCACACGCUUUGGAACAAACUAUAUAGCGCUGCAACGUUUGCUGGAUGUGCGUCCUGUACUUGACCAAAUGGUGCUGACCACAGGGUGGGCUGCCCAGGCACAUGGGAAGAAGCGAAUGGUUGCGGCACGCGGCGUGAUUAGGGAUGACCAUUUUUGGGAGGGGGUGGAGAGGGUGGUACGUGUCUUGAAGCCGAUUUACAUGCUCUUGAGGGCGCUUGAUGGAAAUCAGGAGGUAAUGGGGAAGAUGUAUGACAUGAUGCUGGAUUUAGAGGAGAGUAUGAAGGCGGCUUGCAGCUGCCUGAGGAGCAAGGAGAGCAAGUGGAUUUUGGGGGCCGUGCGGCGUCGCUGGAAUAAGAACAUCAACUGCGCCUUACAUGUGGUGGGUCGGAUUUUGUAUCCACCAAAUCAAUACGAGAAGAUCUUCGGCAGGGACAUUGAGUGCACUAGGAUCUUCAAGCAGUUCAUAAGGGAUUACUAUAACGGGGAGUACGUGGUGGAUAAGGAUGGCACGAAGUUUCCAAUGGCGACCAUUGUUGAGAGGGAGAUUGUUAUUUAUGUGAAGGGAGAAGGGGCCAUUGGUGAGCCGAAGGCAAGGGCAGAUCUCGAGCUCGUGAAGGUGGGCAAGUUGGACCCAACUCAUUGGUGGGAGUAUAGUGGGGAGCAGCACUGCCCCAACCUUGCUAAAAUGGCUUGCAAGCAUGAGAAGCGGUUCUUCAAGGCUGGCCACGAAUCCAUUCAGAUUGAGGAACAGCAGCAAGAUCCUUAUAAACCGCUCGACGAUGACGACAUCCCCGAUGAUGCUUACAUGGAAGAUGAAGAGGAGGAAGAGGAGGCGGAUAAGGAGGAGGAAAAGCAGGAGGAUGGAGGAGGAAAGGGGGGGGAGGAGGAGGAGGAGGAGGAGGAGGAGGAGGAGGAGGAGGAGGAUGAAGAGGAAGAAGAUGAGUAG